CGAUAUGUCCAAGGACGAACGGAACUUCAGGAAUCCGUACGCUCGGCUUCCAGCGUGCCUUCCCUCCUCUAGGGAGAAAGCCAGCCAGCCACCGCAAGUCCCUCCAGAGCUGUCUGUUCGCCUGCUGGCUGCUCUAGAGCAGACUUUGGUAGAGUGUGACUCGGCCUACCGGCACGCGCCCUCUGCUGAUACCAGUGUGUACACAGGCACAUCAGGCGUGGCUCUGCUGCACCUGCACGUGGCCACCACGUUGCACGCCGAGGACCAUAGGAAGAGCAGAGAGCAUCUUCUGCAGGCCCAAAGUCUUCUUACGCACUGUCUCUCUCGCGUGCCUUCUCACAGCAUCACCUUUCUCUGUGGAGCAGGAGGACCUCUUGCCAUUGCUGCAGUGGUGGAGGCUGGACUGGGCAAUACUGACAAGGCGAAGAGUCUAUUGCAGCAGCUGAAAGAACUCUACACAAGCAACAAGUCAAGAUUUUCCCAGCUGCCCAGUGAACUGCUGUAUGGCCACGUGGGAUACCUCUACUGUCUCCUGUUUAUCAAUGCCUAUCUCCCAGGAGCUGUUAGCCAGAGCCUACUGCAGGAGGUUCGGAGUCAUUGUGUGAGAUGUUAGGGAGUGUUUCUCGUUGUUCAGGUGGCUAGGGUUGCCGUAGAGGCAGGGGAGAAAGGAAGACAGGCGUCUGUUCCUUCUCCACUGAUGUACACCUGGCACGGGAGACACUACCUUGGUGCAGCUCAUGGUCUGGCUGGAAUCGCCACUCUUCUUCUACAGUUAAAAACUGAGCAACUCCCAAGCCCCCUUGCCCCUACAAUUAACUACUUGACGAGCCUCCAGUUACCUUCAGGGAAUUUCCCCUCCUCACUCGAGAGUUGCCAUGACAGCAGUCAUCAUAGUGACAGACUAAUACAUUGGUGUCAUGGAGCUCCUGGUUUUAUCCACCUCUUGAGUCAUGCGUACCAGGUUAGCCACACCCACCUAUAAUUUGAUGAGUCAUUUGCGAAUAAUUAUUGGACAACUUUAUUACCAUUGAUGUAUUGUGGUCCUUAGCAUGGUGACAGUUCUAACCCCUGACUAUAGAUGUUGGGUGAAGGUAGGUAUCUGAAGGCGGGGGAGAUGUGUGGGGAAGUGGUGUGGAAGAGAGGUCUCCUGAGGAAAGGCUACAGUCUGUGCCACGGAGCAGCCGGAAAUGCAUACACUUUCAUCCAGCUGUACCACCUCACUGGACACACCCACCACUGGCACAGGGCUCUCAAGUUUGCAGAAUGGUGUCUCUCUUGCUCGGAGCGAGUAACACGAACUCCAGAUGCUCCCCUCUCCCUGUUUGAAGGAUCAGCGGGUGUGGCUUUCUUUUACUGUGACAUAAUUAUGUCAUCAAGAGGGAAAACCCCUUUUCCUUGUCUGGAGAUCCCACAGCCAAAGAUCACUUUCACCUGCUCAUGAUGAACAACAAAAAGUGUUAUAUAAACAAGGAAUGUGUUUACUGAACUGGUCAUGAAUACACGUGAGAAC